ACUAAAUAGCCACUCCAAAAGCUUGUCAUUUCCAACAUGGAGAUCCAAUACUACGUUGCAUUGUUAUUAUCUGUUCUCCUCAUCCUCCUAAGACUGUUCUUUUCCGGUCACAGAAAAAACCUACCGCCGACUCCACUCGCUCUCCCAAUCGUCGGCCACCUCUAUCUCAUCAAGAACUCCCUUCACCAAUCUCUCGCCUCCCUCUCGGCCAAAUACGGCCCGGUUCUUCACCUCCGGUUCGGCUGCCGGUCUUUCCUCGUCGUCUCUUCCCCGUCCGCCGUCGAAGAAUGCUUCACCAAGAGCGACAUCAUCUUCGCGAACCGGCCCCGGACCAUGGCCGGCGACAACUUCUCCUUCAACUAUAAAGCCUUAGUGUGGGCCCCGUACGGAGACCUCUGGAGGGCCCAACGCCGGUUGGCGGCCGUCGAACUGUUAUCGGCGGCCAGCCUCCAGCGAUCUUCCGUUAUCAGGGAGGACGAGAUUCGAACGGUAAUCCGGUCACUGUCCAGACUGACCAAAAACGGAGCCGUGGAUUUCAACUCUUUGGCCGGCGGGUUCACUUUCAAUGCGAUGAUGAGAAUCAUAAGCGGGAAACGGUUUGUGGAAGAAGAAGAGAUCGGAGGAGAGAAAGGGAAAGAGAUAAUCGAUGGGCUUCGAGAGCUUUUCUUCGCCAGUAUUCUGGGCAUGAAUGCCUGCGAUUUUUUCCCGGUUUUGAGGUGGUUUGGCUACAGAGGCCUGGAGAAGAAGAUGGCGUCUGUGAGUAACAGGAGAAUCGAGCUGGUCAGCCGCCUUUUGGACGAAUUUCGCCGGAAAAAACUCCGGUUUAAGGAUUCAGACGGCGGCGAGAAAACAACAGUGAUUGAAACUCUGUUGCGUCUGCAAAAAUCGGAGCCUGAGUUUUACACAGAUGAUGUUGUCAUGAGUAUCAUACUGACUAUGUUUGUGGCAGGAACAGAGACAUCAUUAGCAACCAUCGAAUGGGCAAUGUCGCUUCUUUUAUCUCACCCGGAGGUGCUAGGCAAGUUAAGAAAUGAGAUUGACAACAACAUAGGACAUGAACGUUUGUUAAACGAGUCUGAUCUCUCAAAACUCCCUUACCUACGAUGUGUUGUUAAUGAAACUCUAAGACUAUACCCUCCGGUUCCACUUUUGAUACCCCAUUAUUCAUUACAAGACUGCAUAGUCGCAGGUUUCGAUGUUCCUAAACACACAAUACUCGUGGUUAAUACUUGGACUAUGCAUCACGAUCCCAAGGUGUGGGAAGAGCCGAGAGAGUUCAAGCCAGAAAGAUUUGAGGCCAUGAUAGGGGACGGGGAAGGGUUGAACUAUAAGUUUGUUCCCUUUGGGAUGGGGAGAAGAGCUUGUCCCGGAAACAACAUGGGAUUAAGGAUGGUCUCGCUGGCAUUGGGGGCAUUUAUUCAAUGUUAUGAGUGGAAAAGUAUUGGUGAGGACGAAAUGUCUGCUGCUCCUCUCUCUCGAGAAGCUUUGCAAAGGGCUGAGCGAGUGGAAGUAGUAUGCACUUUGCGCAAAAAUUGCCACCAAUUUCUCGUCUAACUUUAAAGGAUAGAAUUUGUGUUGUUGUUGUCCGCAUGGCCGGACAGUUCAACUAGUUGCAGAGGUGAAAUUUGUCACAAGAGACCAAAGAGUUAUCAUGAUUAUCCCUCCACAAAUAGUUGGGUCAGGUGUAGGAG